AUGGGGAAGAAGCAGAAAAACAAGAGCGAAGACAGUGCCAAGGAUGACAUUGAUCUUGAUGCCUUGGCUGCAGAAAUAGAAGGAGCUGGUGCUGCCAAGGAACAGGAGCCACAAAAGUCCAAGGGGAAGAAGAAGAAAGAGAAAAAAAGGCAAGACUUUGAUGAAGAUGAUAUCCUGAAAGAACUGGAAGAAUUGUCUUGGGAGGCUCAAGGCAUCAAAGCCGACAGAGAAACCGCUGCAACGAAGCCAACAGAAAAUAAUGAAGAAGAAUCCAUCUCAAAACAAGAUAAAAAAAAGAAAGGACAGAAAGGCAAAAAAAGUUUUGAUGAUAAUGAUAGUGACGAAUUGGAAGAUAAGGAUUCAAAAUCAAAAAAGACUCCAAAAUCCAAAGUGGAAAUGUACUCUGGGAGUGAUAAUGAUGAUGAUGAUGAUUUAAAAAAACUUUCUAAAAAAACUAAAGGGAAAGCUCAAAAAUCAAAUAAGAAGUGGGAUGGGUCGGAAGAGGAUGAGGAUAACAGUAAGAAAAUUAAAGAGCGUCCCAGAGUAAAUUCUUCCGGGGAAAGUGGUGAUGAUUCAGAUGAAUUUUUGCAGUCUAGAAAAGGACAGAAAAAAAAUCAGAAAAAUAAGCCAGGUCCUACUGUAGAGAGUGGGAAUGAAGAUGAAGACUCCUUCAAAAUCAAGACAGUGGCCCAAAAGAAGGCAGAAAAGAAAGAGCGAGAGAGGAAAAAGCGGGAUGAAGAAAAGGCAAAACUACGGAAGCUGAAAGAAAAGGAAGAGUUAGAAACUGGAAAAAAGGAUCAGAGUAAACAGAAAGAGCCUCAGAAGAAAUCUGAAGAGGAAGAUGGAAAAUCCAAGGUGACUCCUGAUACGGGAACAGCCCCUGCCUUUGACGAGAAGGGAGAGAUGCCCGCAGCCACCGAAGAUGACAAUGAAGGAGACAAAAAGAAGAAAGAUAAGAAGAAAAAGAAAGUAGAAAAGGAAGACAAAGAGAAGGAGAAGAAAAAAGGGCCGAGCAAAGCCACAGUUAAAGCUAUGCAAGAGGCUCUGGCUAAGCUUAAAGAAGAAGAAGAGAGACAGAAGCGAGAAGAGGAGGAACGCAUAAAACGGCUUGAAGAGUUGGAAGCCAAGCGUAAAGAAGAGGAAAGAUUGGAACAAGAGAAAAGAGAAAGAAAAAAGCAAAAAGAAAAAGAAAGAAAAGAACGCUUGAAAAAAGAAGGGAAACUUUUAACUAAAGCUCAGAGAGAAGCCAGAGCCAGAGCUGAAGCUACCCUUAAACUUCUACAAGCUCAGGGUGUUGAAGUGCCAUCAAAAGACUCUUUGCCAAAGAAAAGGCCAAUUUAUGAAGAUAAGAAGAAGAAAAAAACGCCACAGCAGCUAGAAAAUAAAGAAGUAUCUGAGCCAGUAGAAUUCAGUGCUGCUGUAGAAGUUGUGGAACAAGGCGCACCAGAAAAAGAAGAGUCACCACCUCCUGUUGAGCCAGAAGAGGAAGAAGAAACUGAAGAAGCUGGAUUGGAUGACUGGGAAGCUAUGGUCAGUGAUGAGGAAAGAGAAAAAGAAGGCAAUACAGUGCAUAUAGAAGUAAAAGAAAACCCCGAGGCAGAUGAGGAGGAGGAGGAAGAGGAAGAAGAAGAAGAAGAAGAGAGUGAAGAGGAAGAAGAAGAAGAAAGUGAAAGCAGUGAAGGUGAAGAAGAGGAAGAAAAGGUGUUAGAUGAGAAAGAUUUGAGGAAAACAUUAGUUAAAAAGCCAAGUAAAGAAUUGAGCUCAGAUUCUGAAUAUGACUCUGACGAUGAUCGAACUAAAGAAGAAAGAGCUUAUGACAAAGCAAAACGGAGGAUUGAGAAACGGCGACUUGAACAUAGUAAAAAUGUAAACACAGAAAAACUGAGAGCCCCUGUUAUUUGUGUACUUGGACAUGUGGACACAGGGAAGACAAAAAUUCUAGAUAAGCUCCGUCACACGCAUGUACAGGAUGGUGAAGCAGGUGGUAUCACACAGCAAAUCGGUGCUACCAAUGUUCCCCUCGAAGCUAUUAAUGAACAGACUAAGAUGAUUAAAAAUUUUGACCGAGAGAACCUACGGAUUCCAGGAAUGCUGAUAAUUGAUACCCCUGGGCAUGAGUCCUUCAGUAAUCUGAGAAACAGAGGCAGCUCUCUUUGUGAUAUUGCCAUUUUAGUUGUUGAUAUCAUGCAUGGUUUGGAGCCCCAGACAAUUGAAUCUAUUAACCUUCUGAAAUCUAAAAAAUGUCCCUUCAUUGUCGCACUCAAUAAGAUUGAUAGGCUGUAUGAUUGGAAAAAAAGCCCUGAGUCCGAUGUGGCGGCCACUUUAAAGAAGCAGAAAAAGAACACAAAAGAUGAAUUUGAGGAGCGAGCAAAGGCUAUUAUAGUGGAAUUUGCACAGCAGGGUUUGAAUGCGGCUUUGUUUUAUGAGAAUAAAGAUCCCCGCACUUUUGUGUCCUUGGUACCUACCUCUGCUCAUACUGGUGAUGGAAUGGGAAGUCUCAUCUGCCUUCUCGUCGAGUUGACGCAGACCAUGCUGAGCAAGAGGCUAGCCCACUGCGAGGAGCUGCGGGCACAGGUGAUGGAGGUGAAGGCUCUCCCGGGAAUGGGCACCACCAUAGACGUGAUAUUGAUCAAUGGCCGUUUGAAGGAAGGAGAUACAAUUAUUGUUCCCGGAGUGGAAGGGCCCAUCGUAACUCAGAUCCGAGGCCUCCUGUUGCCUCCACCUAUGAAGGAGUUACGGGUGAAGAACCAGUAUGAGAAGCACAAAGAGGUGGAGGCAGCUCAGGGCGUGAAGAUUCUCGGCAAAGACCUGGAGAAGACGCUGGCCGGCUUACCCCUGCUGGUGGCGCACAAGGAGGAUGAGAUUCCGGUCCUUAAAGAUGAAUUGAUCCAUGAGUUAAAGCAGACACUAAAUGCUAUCAAAUUAGAAGAAAAAGGAGUGUACGUGCAGGCGUCGACCCUGGGCUCUUUGGAAGCUCUGCUGGAAUUCCUGAGGACUUCAGAAGUGCCGUACGCAGGCAUCAACAUCGGCCCCGUCCAUAAAAAAGACGUGAUGAAGGCCUCGGUGAUGUUGGAGCAUGACCCCCAGUAUGCAGUCAUUUUGGCCUUUGAUGUGAGAAUCGAACGGGAUGCACAAGAAAUGGCUGAUAGUUUAGGAGUUAGAAUUUUUAGUGCAGAAAUUAUUUAUCAUUUAUUUGAUGCCUUUACAAAAUAUAGACAAGACUACAAGAAGCAGAAACAAGAGGAAUUUAAGCACAUAGCAGUAUUUCCUUGUAAGAUGAAAAUCCUCCCCCAGUAUAUUUUCAAUUCCCGAGACCCAAUCGUGAUGGGCGUGACUGUGGAAGCAGGUCAGGUGAAACAAGGGACCCCCAUGUGUGUCCCUAGCAAAAACUUUGUGGACAUUGGAAUAGUAACAAGUAUUGAAAUAAACCACAAGCAAGUGGAUGUUGCAAAAAAAGGACAAGAAGUCUGUGUGAAAAUAGAACCUAUCCCUGGUGAAUCCCCCAAAAUGUACGGGAGACAUUUUGAAGCCACAGACAUUCUCGUCAGUAAGAUCAGCCGGCAGUCCAUCGAUGCUCUGAAAGACUGGUUCAGAGAUGAGAUGCAGAAGAGUGACUGGCAGCUUAUUGUGGAGCUGAAGAAAGUAUUUGAAAUCAUCUAA